CUGCCAUCCAACAUGACCUUGCUCCGCAAGGUAACUGAGCAAGGUUGUUAAACGUUGACUAGGAUUUGUUGACUGGGUUUCCUCAACUCGCUUCCCUUAUUGACCACGAGAAAGUGUCCCCCUAGCCAGACGAGCGACGACAUAGCCCAUGGGCUAUGGCUUCUACCUAUCAAGUAUAUUUUAAGUAUAUCUUAUCAGCAGCUCUAGCCACAUGAUAACCCUAACGCUUCUAACUUAUCAGUUGAAGCGUGCAGGCGGUCGGCCCAUUAAUCGAUCCAGUCCUUAUUGACCGAUCUCUUCCUAACGUGAAGAUCGGACCUCUGUCUUAACAUUUAUUCCUCCGAGAAUGGCAUCCGCAUUUUUCUACGGCACGUUGAUGCAUCCAGAAAUAUUGAAACGAGUCAUUGGAAACGACGGCAGCCAACUCCAAAUCUGCCCUGCUCUCUUGCCGGACUACACCAGACACCAGGUCAAGAAUGAAGAUUAUCCUGGUAUCCUGCCGUACUCGCAAAGUCGAGCGAUGUUCGAUCACGACCUCAAUUCGAAAGAGAAAUCGGUGCGAGGUUCUCUGGUGACCGGUCUAUCGGACGCAGAUGUCCGACUCCUUGAUAUAUUUGAAGGAGACCAAUAUACAAGAGAGUUAGUGUCUGUAUACCCACUGGGACCGCUGGUCAACAUACGGGACAUGCCACCGAUUGAGGUGAAGUCUCUGAUGCCCACGACGCCUACCCCGAUCCCUAUGCUAUCUGAAUUGGCGAACCCUGUAGAGGUAAAUACCUACGUAUGGUGCUUUCCCUCUUCAGAACUCCGGGCACAACUGUGGACGUUUGAAGAAUUUGUGAAGUUUAACGCGUGGAAGUGGAUCGGGCCAACUAAUAACAAGUACUUUGAUGAAGUGGAUAGAAGAAACGCUACGGAGGGUAUAUAUGUUGAGGCGAGAGGUUGAGCUCUCCUUGAAGUACUCACACAAGCAGUCAGAUAUAUGUAGUCGGUCAACCCCGCAAUUAUGAUUCAUUGAAAAAUUC